AUGGGUCAGCCUGCUUCUGAGUUGCUUUUAAACCAAAUUGCAGAGACUGAUGCUGAGCAACUGGUUAAGAAAGCAAGGACGAUGACUACCGAAUCCUCAAUGAAAGAUGCUUUCUUUCUAUACGCUGAUUAUCUCAACAACUUCAUUGAACCUUUGCGUCUAGGGAUUGAGUCUUAUAGGAGGUCAAAGGUUAAAGGAACGAUCUUUCGAUAUGGAAACUUUGAUUCUUCUUCUGCUGAGAGUGGGUUUGAGUCUUAUUGUAAAGACAACAAAGAAGAGGUUCUGGAGAAAGCAGGGAAAGAUUUAGAAGCAGUGAGGGAACAACACUUUUCCCGGCUGAUGAAAGAGCUUCAAGGCACUGAUUUUUGGAAGCUCCGACGAGCUUACUCCCCAGGGGCUACGCCAAUGGUUGCAGGUGCUGCAGUAGCUGCUGCUGCUAUAGCUGGUAGAUAUGGUAUACACUCUUGGCAAGCCUUCAAGGCCAGGCCCAUCGUGCCUAGAAUGCGCAAGUUUGAUGAAGGUGGUUUCCAAGCUGCCAUGACACAGGCGUGA